AUGGAUCAUGGGCAUCUCCCACCGCACGUCCCCACGCAGCGGCCCCAGCCUGUACGAAGCGCUACUGGAUUGCUGGUGCUAGUGGGAGCCGUCCGUCCUUUGCGGUUGGGCCUCUGCUGUGCUAACUCGCACUUCAACCCAAUCCAUCAAUGGCCUCAUUCGUACUCCGUAGGGGUCCCUCAACAUUCUCCAUCGUCAAACCCCUGCAAAACCCGACAAUCGUCGUUCGCUUCGCUGCGUGCCCUCAAAAUUCCACCUGCCCAAAAACACCAGCGCCAGGCCCAGGAGCCGGAAUCACACUCUCUGUGGGCUCUGCCUACUCCCGACUCCGUUAGCACUGCCUGCAGGGUCGCACCGUCGACGGUGAGCCAGGGACCAGAACUGGGACUUGUCACUCUCGAAUACGGAUCCCAAGUGCGUCAAUCAAUCGUCCGACUGCUUUGCCGCCUGCUCAGCUGGCGUGGUUCGUCUGCUCGGCUUAUUGGGCCACCUCAUCGCCUGUGUCUCAGCUUUGCACACCACACUGCCCCAAACCUUGCUUCCCCAGCUCGUAUUGCGGGCACCAAGGGCACUGGCUUGGUUUUUGGCGCCUCCUUUAUCCGCUUGCUCCCGGUCCUUAGUUUGCUAGCACCGAUUCUUAGUGAUAUUUGUGCUGUUACCCCGGGUGAGCUCUGUGCUCGAAUCGAAUCGCCCAACACUCGUCCUGAUACAGUGCUCCUCUCGUCCUCGGCCCUCUAUUUUUACACGCAUUCCGUCCAUUUCGUCGGGCAGGAUUUGCCAAAGCGCCCAACUCGCAGCCUGGCAAUCAUGUCCAACCACAAGACUCGACCCGCUCGCUCGAACAGCUUGCAGCGCAUGCUCGAGCUCGAGCGACGCUACAUGCUUGAGCGUCUCGCAAGCUCACAAUCGAAUGCGCUGUCCGCCAAUUCAGCUUCCAUAGCUGCCGUUGUCUCCAGACGACCACUUCCGGCAUCAAAUCGCCCUGCAGUUCAGGUUCAACGUAUUGAGGCGGCUCCUCAAAAAGAUGCUCCAAUGGGCGCCAACAUCACCAAAGAGAGAUUGCCGGUUGCUCAAAUAGUUCCACUGACCAUCAACGUCAGUUCUCCCAAGCUCAAAUUAGAUUUUGCGCCCGAGUCAGACAACGCGCAAAGGGCCGCUGUGGUAGUGCAUAACCCUCCACCGGUGGACAAGCCCGCUCUCAAGGCUGUUUCUUUCGAUGUUCCGUUAAGCGAUGAAGAUGAACGGAGGUCGAUUUGCCAGUCUCCAAGCUGGGAGGCAUAUGGUCGUCGCAAGAAGAGUGAUAAAAAGGACAGCAAGAAAGAGCUGAAGAAAGAGCAGCUGAAGAAGGAACAACAGAAAAAGGAAGAGGAGAGAAAGGAGCAAGAACGCAAAGAGCAACUGAAAAAAGAGGAGAUGAAAAAGGAACAACUGAGAAAAGAGCAGCUGAAGAAAGAGCAGCUGAAAAAGGAACAGGCGGAGAAAGAACAGCGAAAAAAGGAGCAGCAGAAAAAGGAGCAGCAGGAGAAGGCAUCGAAGCGGGAAAAGGAGGAAUCCGCGCUCAGGAAUGCUUUAAUUAAGAAGAAGCGCUUGAGCAAGCAACCUCCCCCUUCUUCGUCGCAUGCCUUGGAGCAGGCGAAUCGCUCAUCAGCGGCGGCACAGGCAGCUGCCAGAGAUAAACAGCGACCUUCGAGCGCGUUAGAGUUCACCAAAGAUGACGUGCCUGUCCGCCCUCAUCACAGGCGUUCCGGCUCUUUCACCUCGUAUAUCAUGUCGCCGUUCGAGUCUCGGCGGGCGUCCGCUGACACUGCUCGCCCUAGCGAGACGGGCUUCAUCGGCGGCAUCAAGUUGGAGAUUCAACGACAUGCGGCCAGCCAAAAGACCGCUGAAUCGCCUGAGAACAUGGACGAGUCGCAAAUCCACCCGGCACUGCGAACAAACAACGCUCACAAUCAGAAGUGGUCUGCCCCUCCAGCACGCCCGCCCCCCGAGUCUCAGCGCCGAGUUUAUCCUCCCAUCACUCGACACCCGGCUGCAGCCGCCAAGACAAGAUCUCUUAUUUCGUCUGCAGAGAUGGAGGCUCAGGAGACCGGGACAAUGGAGAGCAAAUGGAGAGCUUUUGUGGGCCUGAAGCCAAAGGACUCGGCCGAGCCAUCAAAGACCGCCGCCCAGCAAGACAAGUCAAAGAAGCCUGUAAUAACUAACGAGGCAACCAAAUCCGCAUCCGCACUGCCAUCACCCCAGACCAGUGCAAACGCGGGAUUAACUGCCGAUACACGUCCUCAAACAGCUGUUGGUCAAAACGGCCCUCAACCAGUCUCACCUGCUGGCAACGAGAACCAGAACACAAAGCCCAAGCUCAGCGUAUCUACAAGCGAUCGCGAUCUCCUUCCAAGCGUUGCUGUUACUGUGCAGCAGCCAGCGAAAGAGAAAUUAAGCCAAACCAAUCUUGCCCGGAUUUCACGCGAAGGCAACGGCGCUGUCAAGAGUGGAAAUGCCCAAGAUGCAACCCUCGCGACGACAACUUUGCCUCCAGCACCGCCCCGUCGAAGUUCAAAGCGGAACUCCAUGGUCAGUUUAGAUGGCUCAGUGUCAUCCAUGUCAUCUCCACGCACGCCAAGACCCGGAAGCUCCGAGUCUGCCAACAGCAAUCAUGGUCUGUCUGGCCGGCCCAAGCAUAUCGCAAACAAUGCGUCUGGAAACACUGAACUAAAGAGCGGCGGGGCAUCUCUCCAAACUACUCCACGGGAGGCUGGUCGCAUUGCCAAGGGUCAAAAGCCAGACCCGAUAGAGAUUCCGACAUGGGAAGAUAUUCAAUCCUCCGUCAUGAAGGUCAUCGACACCAAAGUAUCUCUAUCUCCGAUCCGUAAAUCUCACGGAUCCCUUCGAGAUGAUAGUGAUUUUACUGUUCGCCGUCUCACGGACGAUUCGGUUCCAACGACGUCGACCGAUGAUGACUCGUCUGACGAUUUCCACUCGCCAUCAAUGCCUGGUACGCCUGACACUUCCCGACCUCAAUCUGAAAAGGGUCUUCCCCCCAUGACGCAAGAUGUUGAGAGUAAACGAGUAGCCACACCUCGCGCCAGGAAUGGUUCCACAAGCCCGGUCAGACAGCCGCUUCUCCUCCAGAUCGGGGGUGGGGGCUUCUCAAGUCCACCCAAGAGCACACGACCCGUGGGAAACACCAGCACGUCGAGCGUCGUCGUCUCCACCAAAAAUACGACUGUGGCUACAGGCCAGACUGCCCACCGUCGGUCACAAACGGACGUGGAUGCGAUAACCGCAACUGAUUUCUUGCCGAAAUUGAAGCACCAGCCCCUGAAGGCCGUGGAACAUGUAUCAGUGCCAAGGCAACACCUCCCUUCGACUGCACUGCUCUCUGGAGAGGAAAAAGGAAAUGGCAAGGUUCAACUGGUUCCUUCCCCGUGGCCUGCUUCCUAUCUAGAAGAAGCCCGGAAAGCUGCUCCCCUCGCUCCGCCUCCUCAGGUGCUGGGAUCGCCACGUCUUGGUCCCAAGGUCACGCCGCCAUCUUCGAUCCGGAGCCAGCCAUCCCCUACUACCGACCUUGCGCCGACGAAGGCGCCGCGACACACAACUGGCUCACCUGUCGGUGGCGAGCCGAUUGCCAAAAUGUUUGUGGAGUGUUGUGGAUGCAAGUAUUACCACGACAUGCCCAGCAACAUCUAUGAAGCCAUGGCCAACCCAGAUGCUGUUGUUCGACCAAGGGGAAGUGUCGGAUUCACUGGCGCGUUAUCCGUGACGGUGAAGUGCCCGUGGUGCUUCCACGAGAUGAGCACCAAGUGCUGCGCUGGCUAUGCUGCCAUGGUAUAUGUGAAGGAGAGGCUGCAUUAG